AUGACGGAAGUCCAGCAUCCUCAGUCCUUCGAUUGGGCCAAUGAUGCAUACGCCGCCUUCAGUGACCAGGCCAAGCCCCAGAACAAUUGGGCGGCGUUCGGUAGCAGCUCGAGCACCACGGACACCACCGCAGCCUUGACCAUCCCUCCCGCCCUUCUCACCCACUCCGCCGAACGAUUCGGUCAGAUCACCCCGCCCGAUGAACGCUCACCAGCCGACUCGGUCCGUGCUGCCAGGGACAGCUCCAUCCCCGUCGAGGAGCUCAUGAAUGAGGCGCUUUGGCCCCAACACACCCUCAGCGCCACAGAGCACCGGCCAUCAACCCAAGCGGAGCUUCAGCAGUCGCAGCCACCGUCUCAGAACAGCCAGUCACCUCUGAAGCGCCGUCAUGCCAGCAGGCAAUCCGCUUCCAGUCAAGCCCAGGCCAGCGCAUCGACGUACCAGGAUAACGAUGCGACCGUCACCCUCCAGCCUCCUAAGCGCAAGCGAGGCAGGCCCAAGUCGCAGCCUCAGAUGGUCGAGGCCUACACCGCCGACGGCUAUCCCUUCCAAGUUUCGUCUGCUCGCCAGUCACACCUUGAGAAGAACCGGGUCGCAGCUCACAAGUGCCGCCAGCGCAAGAAGGAGUACAUUGGUGGCCUCGAGGGCCGUGCUCGAGAGUUCUCCGCGAAGAACAAGGCGUUGAAGGAAAGCGUUGCUAUCCUGAGAGAGGAGGUUCUCGGUCUCAAAAACGAAGUACUGCGCCAUGCUGGUUGUGGCUUUUGGGCUGUUGACGAGUAUCUCGCUCGCUGCGCAGGAGAUCUCCUCGGCAUGCAGCCGCCCGAUGCAUCCGCUGGUACGAAUACACUGCAGCACCAUGUUUCGCCAUUCAUGCACCAAAUACGACCACGUCAAGACAGCCACGACUCGAUACACAGCUUGGGUAGCAUGAGUUCUACCCCUGGCGCAGAUGGCUUUGGUGGCCUUGAGCUGCUCAAGGACUACGAGGAUGAUGUGGACGAUCAAUCGUGA